UGGAGACACCCUCGCCGAGCGCGGCGGGAGGCUCCGCUCGCAGGCAGCGCCGAGCCGGGCGCCGCGGCGGCUCCUCGCCGCCCGGACCCCUCGCCGAGCCCCCGCUGCCCGCCUGGCAGGGCUGCCGAAGCAUGCGGAGCCAUGGGCCAGGGCUGCGGACACUCCAUCCUCUGCCGGAGCCAGCCGUACCAGGCGACCACAUCUGACCUACGGGGCCAGCAGGUCUUCUUGAAGGCGGAGGACUCCGCGCCCGGCUCCGAGGCGCUACAGGACGCGCUGCUGGGCCUGGGGGCCGUGCUGGACGGCGCCGGGCUGCGCCGAGCCCUGCGCGAUGCCCUCGUCGCCCUGCUGCCCAAAGUGGAACAAGUCUACGUCUACCUGCUGGAGGGCGAAAGCCGGCUGACGUGCGACGACCCCCCCCACGAGCUGCCGCCCGAGGGCAAGCUCAGGGAUGCGGUGCGGAGGCAGAAGCGGCUCGAGUGCGGGGGGCUGCCGCCCGCCGAGCUCCCGGGGCGGCAGCUGGGGCCCCUGGCAGCGCCCCUGGCCCCCGGCACGCAAGUGCUCGUGGUGCCGCUGGUGGACAAGGACAGCGGGGCCGUAGUGUGCGUCAUCCUGGUGCACUGCAGCCCCCUGAGCGAGGCGGACGAGCAGAACCUGCGGGCGCUGGAGAGACACACCCUCGUGGCGUACCGGCGCGUGCGGGCCCUGCAGAAGCUGCAGCCCUGGCCCCGGGGCAGCCUCUCCAGCAGCUCCUCCCAGACCUCCCUGGCCAAGGUGGAGAAGGCGGCUGCUGGCAGCUACAGCGAGCUGGACCGCAAGAUCCUGCAGCUCUGCGGCGAGCUGUACGACCUGGACGCCGCCUCGCUCCAGCUCAAGGUCAUCAACUACCUGAAGCAGGAGACCCAGUCGCUGUGCUGCUGCCUGCUGCUCGUCUCCGAGGACAACCACCAGCUCUUCUGCCAGGUGGUGGGCGACCGGGUCCUCGAGGAGGAGAUCAGCUUUUCCCUCACCUUCGGGCGCCUGGGGCAGGUGGUGGAGGACAAGAAGCCCAUCACCCUGCAGGACAUCAGCGUGGAGGAGCACAAGCAGCUGAACAACAUGCUGGGCUUCGAGGUCACCUCCAUGCUCUGCGUCCCCGUCACCAGCCGGGCCACCGCGCAGGUGGUGGCCCUGGCCUGCGCCUUCAACAAGCUGGGCGGCGAGAGCUACACGGAGGCGGACGAGCACAAGAUCCAGCACUGCUUCUGCUACACCUCCACGGUGCUCACCAGCACGCUGGCCUUCCAGAAGGAGCAGAAGCUCAAGUGCGAGUGCCAGGCCCUGCUGCAGGUGGCGAAGAACCUGUUCACGCACUUGGACGACGUGUCCGUGCUGCUCCAGGAGAUCAUCACGGAAGCCCGAAACCUCAGCAACGCCGAGAUAUGCUCCGUGUUCCUGCUGGACCGGCUCAGCCACGAGCUCGUGGCCAAGGUGUUUGACGGCGGCGUGGUGGAUGACGAGAGCUACGAGAUCCGCAUCCCCGCGGACCAGGGCAUCGCCGGGCACGUGGCCACCACCGGCAAGAUCCUCAACAUCAAGGACGCCUACUCGCACCCGCUCUUCUACCGCGGCGUGGACGACAGCACCGGCUUCCGCACCAGGAACAUCCUCUGCUUCCCCAUCAAGAACGAGAAUCAGGAGGUCAUUGGUGUUGCGGAGCUGGUCAACAAGAUCAACGGUCCCUGGUUUAGCAAGUUCGACGAGGAUCUGGCCACCGCCUUCUCCAUCUACUGCGGCAUCAGCAUUGCCCACUCCCUGCUCUACAAGAAGGUGAACGAGGCGCAGUACCGCAGCCACCUGGCCAACGAGAUGAUGAUGUACCACAUGAAGGUCUCGGACGACGAAUACACCAAACUGCUCAGCGAGGGCAUCCAGCCCGUGUCCACCAUCGACCCCAACUUCGCCAGCUUCACCUACACGCCGCGCUCGCUCCCCGAGGACGACACCUCCAUGGCCAUCCUGAGCAUGCUGCAGGACAUGAACUUCAUCAACACCUACAAGAUGGACCGCCAGACGCUCACCCGGUUCUGCCUGAUGGUGAAGAAGGGCUACCGCGACCCGCCGUACCACAACUGGAUGCACGCCUUCUCCGUCUCCCACUUCUGCUACCUGCUCUACAAGAACCUCGAGCUGGUCAACUACCUGGAGGACAUCGAGAUCUUUGCCCUGUUCAUCUCCUGCAUGUGCCACGACCUGGACCACAGAGGCACCAACAACUCCUUCCAGGUGGCUUCGAAAUCCGUCCUGGCGGCACUGUACAGCUCGGAGGGCUCCGUCAUGGAGAGGCACCACUUCGCCCAGGCCAUCGCCAUCCUCAACAGCCAGGGCUGCAACAUCUUCGACCACUUCUCCCGCAAGGACUACCAGCGCAUGCUGGACCUCAUGAGGGACAUCAUCCUGGCCACGGACCUGGCCCACCACCUGCGGAUCUUCAAGGACCUCCAGAAAAUGGCAGAAGUUGGCUACGACCCCAAGAACAAGCAGCACCACAGCCUGCUGCUGUGCCUGCUCAUGACGUCCUGCGACCUCUCGGACCAGACCAAGGGCUGGAAGACCACCAGGAAGAUCGCGGAGCUCAUCUACAAGGAGUUCUUCUCCCAAGGAGACCUGGAGAAGGCCAUGGGCAACCGCCCGCUGGAGAUGAUGGACCGGGAGAAGGCCUACAUCCCCGAGCUGCAGAUCAGCUUCAUGGAGCACAUCGCGAUGCCCAUCUACAAGCUGCUGCAGGAGCUCUUCCCCAAGGCCGCCGAGCUCUACGAGAGGGUGGCCAGCAACCGGGAGCAGUGGACCAAGGUGUCCCACAAGUUCACCAUCCGCGGCUUGCCCAGCAACAACUCCCUGGACUUCCUCGACGAGGAGUACGACCCGCAGGCCCUGGGCGCCCCGGGGGCCCAGCUCAACGGCUGCCUGGACGCCGAGGGGCUCCCCGAGUCGGGGGCCGAGUGAGCGGGGGGGGCCAUGGCCCAGCGGGGGGGUGAGGCGGUGCACCGGCCCCCCGCCCCGCCGCUUCUCCCCCCAAUUUUCUCCCGCUCCGGCGGGUGCAUUUGGGGACCUCCUUAUUUAUAGGGCGAGAUCCCGGCCCCCCCGGCCCCCGGGGCAGGAUUAUUCAGGUCUCUCCUCCAGCCGAGGGCGGCUGCUCUUUUCGGACUGCGUUUUGCCGUGUCCCGCCGGCUCCCGGCCGGGGCGGAUUCGGGGAUGAGGUGGGGGUGAGGAGGGGGAUAUGUGCUUUAAGCUGCCUUAAGGCGCCGGGUUCGGGUGCAUCCCGUGGGGGCUGGCGGUAGGGAUGCUCUCGGGGACCGUCGCCCCGGUCCCCCGCCGACGGAGCUGGGUCCCCCGCUCGCCGUGGAGAGGGCGAGCCCGAGCCCCCCGGUGCCCUCGGACGCUCUGGGGACGACGUACGGCUUCGGUCCAGCGCGGAGGACGCGAGGAGUCGGGACCAGAACUGGAGAAGCAGGAUGAGUCUGGCUAGAGGACGCGAGAGGGCACCUGGGGACACCCUGAGCGAGGCCACGGCCAAGACCUCCGUCACCCGGGCUUGUCCCCAACCCGAAGGCACGAAGCUGUGGCACCUCGGGCGACGGGGGUGAGCGUGCAAGGCUUCGCUGGGGGCACCCGCUCUGCACCCCCAGAUGCGGGUUUGGGGGGACACCCAGGUUUUGGGGGUCGGGUCCCCGCCGUGUCCCUGCUGUGUGGGUGCUUCUCUGGCAGCCUGCGCCCAGAGCUGCGGUGCUGCGGUGCUGGGUCCGCCGCGGCGCCCGGUGUCGGGCAGGCGGGAGCUGCAUGACUGCAGGUGAUUACACCAACCACCACCGUGUCCCCGAGCUGCCCGAGCUCGCAGCGGCUUCCCGACAACUCCUGCUCCACCGACCACCGUGUGCAGACCCUGCCAGCCACCCAUGGUCCCUCCAGCCCCACCGACCACCGUGCAUGGACCCUGCUGGCUGUCCACAGUCCUUCCAGCCCCACUGACCACCAUGCAUGGACCCUGAGGGCCACCCGUGAUCCCUCCAGCCCCACUGACCACCAUGCAUGGACCUCAACAGCUGCCCGUGGUCCCUCCAGCUCCACCGAACACCAUGCAUGGAUCCUGCUGGCCCUGUGUGAUCCCUCCAGCUCCACCGAACACCAUGCACAGACCCCACUGGCCACUCGUGAUCCCUCCAGCCCCACCGACCACCAUGCAUGGAUCCUGCCGGCCACCUGUGAUCCCUCCAGCUCCACCGACCACCGUUCACAGACCCCGCCGGCCACUUGUGAUCCGUCCAGCCCCACCGACCACCAUGCAUGGACCCUGAUGGCCACCCACAGUCCCUCCAGCCCCACCAACCAACGUGCAUGGACCCUGUUGGCCACCUGUGAUCCCUCCAGCCCCACUGACCACCGUACAUGGACACUGCUGGCCACCCAUGCUCCCUCCAGCCCCACCGACCACCAUGCAUGGAUCCUGCCAGCCACUUGUGGUCCCUCCAGCCUCCCUGACCACCAUGCAUGGAUCCUGCCGGCCACCCAUGAUCCCUUCAGCCCCCCGACCACCAUGCAUGAACCCUGCCAGCCACCCACGGUCCUCCAGCCCCAUUGGUCACCAUGCAUGGACCCCGCCGGCCACUUGUGAUCCCUCCAGCCCCACCGACCACCAUGCAUGGACCCCGCUGGCCACCCAUGGUCCCUCCAGCCCCCCUGACCAUGCAUGGACCCUGCCGGCCACCCAUGGUCCCUCCAGCCCCACCAACUGCUCUGCACAGACCAUGCCGGCUGCCCGCAGUCCUUCUGGCCCUACUGACCACCGUGCCCAGACCCCACCGACCUCCCCCGGUCCCUCCAGUCCCACCAACCUUCAUGCAUGGACCUUGCCAGCUGCCCAUGGUCCUGCAGGUCCUACUGACCACUGUGCAGGGAGCCCACCAGCUGCCUGUGGUCCCACCGGCCCCACUGACCACCAUGCAUGGACCCUGUUGGCCACCCACAGUUCCUCUGGCCCUCCUGAUGGCCAUGCAUGGACCCCACCACCUGCUCAUAUCCCUCCAGCCCUACUAACCACUGUGCACGGACCCUGCCAGCUGCCUGUGGUCCCUCCAGCCCUACUGACCACUGUGCAUGGUCCCCACAGCUGCCCGUGGUCCCUCUGGCCCUCCUGAUCACCAUGCAUGGACACUGCCAGCUGCUCAUGUCCCUCCAACCCCACUGACCUCCAUGCAUGGACCCUGAUGGCUGCUCGUAUCCCCCCCAACCCUGCUGACCACCGUGCAUGGACCCUGCGUGCUGCUCAUGUCCCUCCAGCUGUACUGACCACCGUGCAUGGACCCUGCCAGCUGCCUGUGGUCCCUCCAGCCCCACCAACCACUGUGCACGGACACUGCCAGCUCCUCAUAUCCCUCCAGCCCCACUGACCACCAUGCAUGGACCUCAACAGCUGCCCGUGGUCCCUCCAGCCCCAUCAACCACCAUGCAUGGACCUCAGCAGCUGCCCGUGGUCCCUCCAGCCCCAUCAACCACCAUGCAUGGACCUCAGCAGCUGUCUGUGGUCCCUCCAGCCCCAUCAACCACCAUGCAUGGACCUCAGCAGCUGCCUGUGGUCCCUCCAGCCCCAUCAACCACCAUGCAUGGACCUCAGCAGCUGUCUGUGGUCCCUCCAGCCCCACCAACCACCAUGCAUGGACCUCAGCAGCUGCCUGUGGUCCCUCCAGCCCCACUGACCACCAUGCAUGGACCUCAGCAGCUGCCCGUGGUCCCUCCAGCCCCAUCAACCACCAUGCAUGGACCUCAGCAGCUGCCCGUGGUCCCUCCAGCCCCAUCAACCACCAUGCAUGGACCUCAGCAGCUGCCCGUGGUCCCUCCAGCCCCAUCAACCACCAUGCAUGGACCUCAGCAGCUGUCUGUGGUCCCUCCAGCCCC